GUUGUUCGGAAAGUAAUUUCGUUUUUUUCCGACAGAGGAUUUAAUUGUAUUUUUUUGCACUCAACUUCACAUUUAAGCCGCAUAAUCAUUAUAUGUUUUGAGAGCUGAUAUAGCAAGACUUGUGUGUGAAAAAGUCCGAUUGAUUUUACGCAGUAGUUUUUGGUUGGUGUCAAUAGUAGUUUAAAUGUUGCAAAUGGUGCAAAUAGUUUAAAUAUGGAUAGCAAUAAGCAGCAUUUUCGCUAUAUUUUUCUUUUUUACUAUAGAAAAGGUAAAAAUGCUGUUCAAGCUAGAAAGAAAUUAAUCGAGGUGUAUGAAGAAGAUGUGUUGUCAGUACGUUAGUGCCAGAACUGGCUUGCAAAAUUUCGAUGUCGAAGAUGCACCACGUUCUGGAAGGCCGGAUGAAGCUGAUAAAGAUACGAUAAAGGCAUUAGUUGAUGCAAACUGGCGAAUAACAACACGUGAGAUCGAUGAGAGGUUAAAUUUAUUAAAUUCAACUGUUUAUGACCACUUGAAAGGCCUGGGUUUAAGCUCGAAGCUCGAUAUAUGGGUUCCCCAUGUUCUCGCGGAGAGAAAUUUGUGUCCUCGCAUUGACGUCUGUGAUUCGCUUCUCAAACGUCACGAAAAUGAUCCAUUUUUGAAGCGCAUCAUUACUGGGGACGAAAAAUGGGUUGUAUAUAACAAUGUCAAACGCAAGAGAUCAUGGAGAAAAAAAGAUGAACCGGCUCAAAGGAUUUCCAAAGUCAAUAUCCAUCAAAAAAAGGUGAUGCUGUCUGUUUGGUGGUAUUUUAAAGGAAUCGUUUUUUUUGAGAUUUUACCGGAUAACACAAUAAUUAAUUCGGAAGUGUACUGUCAUCAGCUGGACAAACUGAAUGAUGCACUUCAACAGAAAAGGCCAGAAUUAAUCAACAGAAAAGGUGUAGUGUUUCACCAAGAUAAUGCGAGACCUCAUACAAGUUUGGUCUCUCGCCAAAAGCUUUUACAGCUUGAAUGGGAUACAAUGCUACACCCACCAUAUUCUCCAGAUUUGGCACCUUCGGAUUAUUAUUUGUUCCGGUCACUGCAAAAUUUUUUAGACGGUAAAACCUUCACUUCAAAUGAGGAGGUCAAAAACCACCUCGAUCAGUUUUUUGCCAGCAAAGACCAAAAAUUUUGUGAGCGUGGAAUCAUGCUACUACCAAAAAAAUGCUACUUCCAUUCUUUCGUAUCUGAGAUCGGAAUCGCACUUUUCUUCUAUAUUACGUCAAUUUUCCGUUAUAGUACGAAUUAUAUCCUCGCAAGCAUAUUAUACUAUUGUUAUUCUCUUUCAGCUGCUUUGAUAAAAUCCGUUUUCGAAGGAAUCAGACGAGAUUUAAACUUUUCUUGUUCUGAAGAUGGACGUAUAAGCGAGAAUAGAUAUAAAACACUGCUAAAUCGUUUGAUUACGUUUCCAGAAGUAUGGCCCAAUUUCUGUCGGUCCAGAAGUGCACGUUUCUCCGAUAUUACGCCAAUUCUCCAUUGCAGUUCGAAUUCUUCAUUGAUAGAAUCCGUUUUCGAAGGAAUCAGACGAGAUAUCCUGUUUUCUUAUUCUGAUUAUGGCCGGAUAAGCGAGAGCAGACAUUUAUACCAAUCUGUAUCAAGAAUUGCACGUUUCUCUGAUACUAUGCCAACUUCCCGUUGCUGUUCGAAAUGA